AUGGAAAGGAUUGGCAAUUUGAUGGAUCGGCGUAAUCAAGAUAGAAAUGUCGAUAUUGCUCAAGCUGUCCAAGCCGCUUUGGCUGCUGCCAAUCAGGCCAAUGUGAAUGAUGGAAAUGCUGGGAACGAGGGGAAUAAUAUAAAUGAUGGGAAUAAUGGCCAGAAUAAUGAGGCCGUCAAUGUUCAAGGAGGUGGAAAUACCAAUCGACGGAUGGGUCAGCUAGUGGAACAAUUUAUAAAGUUAAAGCCCACUCAAUUUGACGGUAUCGAGACCCCAGAGUUGGCACCGAGAUGGAUAGAAAAGUUGGAAAAGGCUUUUGGAGUCUUGGGGUGCACAGAUGAGGAGAAAGUACUCCUAGCAGUUUACCAGUUGGAAGGUACCGCUAAUGACCGGUGGAAUGCCACCAAAGCCGGAGUAUUUCCGGAAGGUGUUGAUCCGACUUGGACCGCUUUUAAGACUACCUUCAAUGAUAAGUAUUUCUCAAAGACGGCGCGAGAGAGGAAGUUAGUAGAAUUCUUGCGGUUGCUCCAAAAUCAACUAACAGUGGAUCAGUAUGAGGCUGAGUUUGCCAGAUUGUCGAGGUAUGCACCGAGAUCGGUUGAGGAUCCGCAAGAGAAGGCACGGAGGUUUCGAGAUGGAUUGAGGUCGGAACUUCGCAAUCAGAUGGUGGCUUUGAAUCUGAGAACUUAUAAGGAGAUAUAUGAACGGAGCCGGAUGAUAGAUAGGGACGUGAGAGAAAGAGCUCUCGCAUCUGGAUCACGGUUUUCUCCGUCGAAAGAUAAUCGUCAAUUCGGCAAGAGGCCGAUGUUAAGCAAUAGAGGCUUUGCUCCUCCCGUUAAGAAGAACCUUGGGAAACCAUCGCAUCAAUCGAACUGGAUUUGCCGCCUGUGCUGUAGAAGACAUGGGAACGGACCUUGCCCGAGCGGAACAGGUGCAUGUUUCAAGUGUGGCCGGUUCGGCCAUCAGAUAAGGAAUUGUCCGAGCCAAGCUCUGGGACCUAGACCUCAAGGUCGGCGACCACAAGUGGGACCGCAGUCUGCUGCUCCGCAGGAUAAUUUGAAUAGACCACCCGCUCAAGGAAGGGUUUAUGCAGUGGCACGAGGUGAAGCGGAGAACGCACCCGGCGUGGUCACGUGUACGGUUAAAUUAUGCGGUCAUCCCGCCUAUGCUUUAUUCGAUCCUGGAGCAUCGCAUUCAUUUGUGUCUACUCGCUUGCUUGAUUUGGCUAAUGUCAAAUUGGAACCAUUGGAUGUGAUGUUGCAUGUUACUACCCCAUUAAAGGAUAAAGUGAUUGUUUCGCUAGGUUGUGAGAAGCGUAGCAUAGUCGUUGGGGGUAACGAGGAUAGGAUAGAUUUGGUUAUGCUGCCUAUGUUUGAUUUUGACGUGAUUAUUGGAAUGGAUUGGCUGAGUAGACAAAAAGCGGUAGUUGAUUGUGGUAGCAGGGUAAUCCGUUUCUAUCCGGAUGAUCGCCCUAGAUUUGAGUUCGUAGGAAGUCGAGGAGGAAUCUCGAUUCCUUUAAUUUCGUCACUUGAGGUGACAAAGUUGUUAGAUGAGGGGUGCCAAGCGUAUUUGGCUGCAGUAGUGGAUACGACGUUCAGGGAACCUAACUUGGGGAGUAUACCGGUGAUACGCGAAUUUCCCGAUGUAUUUCCUCGAGAAUUGCCGGGUUUGCCACCAGAGAGGGAAAUUGAGUUUAUAAUUGAGUUAGCCCCCGGAACGGAACCAAUUUCGAAGGCACCUUAUAGAAUGUCCCCGUGCGAGUUAAAGGAGCUUAAGGUUCGGAUGCAAGAAUUGUUAGAUAAGAGAUUUAUUCGAUCGAGCGCGUCACCUUGGGGAGCGCCGGUGUUAUUCGUGAAGAAAAAGGAUGGGUCAUUGCGAUUGUGCAUUGAUUAUAGGCAACCGAAUCAAGUAACGAUCAAGGAUAAAUACCCGUUGCUGAGGAUCGAUGAUCCGUUCGAUCGGUUGCAAGGGGCCUCAAUGUUUUCUAAGAUAGACCCGAGGACAAGUUAUCAUCAAUUGAGGAUAAAGAAAGAAGAUAUCCCGAAAACGGCGUUUAGGACGAGAUAUGGGCAUUAUGAAUUUACCGUCAUGCCGUUCGGAUUGACCAACGCCCCAGCUGCAUUUAUGGAUUUAAUGCAUCGAGUAUUUAAGGAGUAUUUGGACCAGUUUGUGAUUGUCUUUAUUGACGAUAUUUUGAUUUAUUCGAAGAGUAACGAAGAGCAUAAACAACACUUGAGAGUUGUCUUGCGGACUUUGAGAGAACACUCGCUUUACGCUAAGUUUAGCAAAUGCGAGUUUUGGCUGAACAAAGUGGCAUUUCUUGGUCACGUGAUAUCGGGAGAAGGAAUUUCAGUAGACCCCUCAAAAAUCGGCGAUCAUGAAUUGGCCGAGGCCUACGACAGUCAUUGA